AUGACCCCAGAAGGAUUCAGUGUUUAUGGCUUGAACCACAAAACCAAUAACAAUGCAGAGAGUCUCAAUAGACGUUUGAAAUCAAACAUGGGUGAUCGACAUAGAGGAUUUUGGCAGUUUAUGAAAUUGCUUAACCAUGCUUUUGAUAAAAACUCAAUGAAGGUUGGUGAGAGUCUUCCUUUGCCAACUUCUACUUCAACAGAGUCACCGCAGUGCGUUGUUUGUACCGUCAAUGAACGAAAUGCAUUAAUUAAUCAGUUUGGCUGUUUUCGAUACUGUUACUGCUACCCAGUAGAAGGUGGCGUUAUUGAUAACGAUUAUCGUGGAGAAAUUAGUGUUUUGUUAAAGAACAAUAACGACAGAGAGUUUAUAAUUAAAACAGAUUUAGCUAUAACUCAAUUAGUAUUUUUGCAAUGUUUUUCGCCUCAACUUUUCAUUGUUGUUCCAGAAGAAGAGUUAACAAGCACAGAAAGAGGAAAUGGUGCAUUCGGUUCAACUGACUUUAUGCAAAGAAUAUAA